CCGCAGAUGUGAUGCAGUCGCUUGCACAAGAAAUAAAAGCAUUUUCCAAAAAUAAUUUGCGGAAACAAUGCACCAGGGUGACGACUUUGAGCGGCAGGCGGAUUAUAGAGACAUGGAAAGGCUCCACUGUGCAGGUGGUUGAGGAGACGGUACAGCCUGAAACAGCAUGUGGAUAUGUUCAGGAUAACAGUUGGGAUCUUCAGGUUGGAUAUAUUAAACCAUAUCUAUUGCUUGGCUCACAAGAUGCUGCUCAUGACUUUGGUAGUUUGAGGAAAUAUAAGGUCACACAUAUAUUAAAUGUUGCAUAUGGUGUGGAAAAUGCCUUCCCUGACCUGUUCAUCUAUAAGACGCUGAGCAUACUGGAUCUACCUGACACUGAUAUCAUAUCAUAUAUCCAGGAGUGUGCACAGUUUAUAGACCAGGCAAAAGCUGAGAAAGGAAUCGUGCUUGUCCACUGCAAUUCAGGAGUUUCACGUUCUGUCUCAGUUGUCAUCGGAUAUCUGAUGUUAAGGGAAAAGCAGGCAUUUGGUGACGCGUUUGUGCUGGUUAAAUCAGCUCGACCAGCUGCAUGUCCAAACCCAGGUUUCAUGGAACAACUGAAGAACUUCAAACCACAAAGUACUACACAAGUAAACGGUUUGGAUCACAAAUGAACAUUAUUCUACCUCUGCACCCACACAUUGUUAAAGCCAUCAGUGCUUCCAUUGCAGUUUGUUAUAUAGCUUUGAUUUUACAUUUUGGAAUAGGUGCUAAUGUGGCAGAAUAUUGGUAGAACAACACAUCCUGUAGCUAUGGGGUAUACAUUUGGUAUCACCCUUAAGGUCUCAUCAUAAUACAUUGGCUAACCAAAGUGUAUAUUUUAAGAUGCAUUUAUCUUCCCAUUGCAUUUAAGUUAAUCAGAUGUCUUAAGUUUAGAAAGGCUUAUCUUUUUAAAGUCAC